CCGGUACCGUACGUCAUAUCGAUCUCUGUUUGGAGUGGUCGUGAUUACAAAAUUCGGGAUGGCGAAUUCAAAUAAUACUCCCCCAAUUUUUUCUUACGACACUUUAGUACACGCAGUGUCAGGGGCAACUGGCAGCACAAUAGCGAUGUCAACAUUCUACCCUCUGGAGACAGCAAGAUCAAGAUUACAAAUUGACGAGAAAAGAACUGCCAAGCAUACUCCAUAUGUUGUAGCUGAGAUCGUUCAAGAAGAAGGAUUAUCAUCAUUAUACAGAGGAUGGUACCCAGUCAUAUCAAGCCUAUGGUGUUCAAACUUUGUCUACUUCUAUACCUUCAAUGGCCUCAAGGUGGCGCUAGGUGAUGUCAUGAAAUCGAAGAAGGCUGUGAGGGAUCUCCUUAUAGGAAUAGCUGCUGGCGUGGUCAACGUAUUAAUCACCACUCCCAUGUGGGUUGUCAACACUCGUCUGAAGAUGCAGGGAGUUCACUUUAAGACCAAGCACUAUGCAGAGUCCAAACAUCCAAAGUAUAGUGGAAUUAUUGAUGCCUUUGAGAAGAUCAUUAAACAAGAGGGUAUAGAAGCUCUAUGGAGUGGGACAAUCUCAUCCCUCAUGCUCGUUAUCAACCCUGCGAUUCAUUUCGCUGCCUACGAGGCUCUUAAAAGAUACCAUAGCAGACUCUUUGACAGAAAGCAACCCUCUGCUCUUCAAUUUUUCUUGAUCGGUGCUUUCGCUAAGACAAUGGCUACACUGUGUACAUACCCGCUUCAGGUUGUCCAAUCAAAACUCAGGUAUGGAAAGGAGAAAGAGACACACAAAGGAAACAUGAUCAGGAAUAUAGUUGCUGUUCUUCAACAUGUUAUAGAAACACAGGGUAAGUGGGGCCUGUACAAAGGACUAGAGGCCAAGCUCUUACAGACAGUACUCACGGCUGCUCUCAUGUUCCUCUGCUACGAGAAGAUAUCCAGAUUUAUAUUCUUCAUCUUGAGAGCAAACGGCAUCAAAAGAUGAUAAAACCUCCCCAUCUUGAUAAUGGACUCUUCUCAUGUUGUAUUGGUGGUAGGCAUUUUUUGGAAUCGUCCAUUUUGAGUGUAGGUUGGCUAUAUAUGAUUGCAUUUUAUUAUAAAUGCAUUACACUAUCCCUGCCUGCAUAGCAGAAGCGAGAUGAGCGCUUCUUUUCUUACAACAGCGACUCGAUGGAGUCAUUGUCAUCCUCAAAAUCUCAAUCUUAGGCUCAGUUUUUGUAAUUUCUUCAUAAUUUUUAGAGUAUCAGAUCCUGUUUCAUGAAACUAAUUGUCACUGCUUAUUUGGCAUGAAUUUCAGGUCACAAAACAGUUGGAUAGAUAUUGGACUUGCCUCAUUACUUGAAAAAAAAUGAUUGAUCAGAUCCAUUUUACAUGUACUUUCUUAUUCAUUGAAGUUUAUUUGUAAAAAAAAAUGCCAACUGCUAUAGAUGUUAAAGUGUAUACUCAAAUUUUAUAAAAUUGACAGGGUGGGUAAAAAUAUUUCUUUGUCACAAAUCGACAUUUUUGUUAUAUGAAUUGUUAGAUACAUGCCAUACUACUAGGGGCCUUCCAAUUGUUAUAUUCAUGUGUGUGUUAUGGUGGCCUUUCAAAGGCUGAUUUUUAUUUUGGGAAUACUGGCUUAAAUUAUAUUCUAAUGAAUUUUUUUGCUUCCUUUAUAUGGCAUUUGAUAUCAUAUUUAAUCCAUUUAUAAAGUUUCAUGUGUUUUAUAUUAAAUCUGGAAAUAUUCUUCCCUACUUUAAAUUAUGAAUAAGAAGAAUAAAUUUUUUAUGCUGAUACUUGUUAAUGUUUAUGUGGAUUAAUUUGCAAAAGAUAGGAAAAAGUGGGAGGGAGGCAGAAGCAAGUCACCCAUCCCCC